UUGUAAAUUCACUCCUUAAUCAAAGUUUUGUGUUCUGUAAAGCUCUGAGGAGGCUGCCUGGAAGCUCUGUGGAUGAUGAUCAGUGAACUCAGUGAGAUUUAGUUUCUUACCAUCCUGAUGUUUUCUUUCUCAUUUAAGAGACUCUUACUAAUUGCUCUCGUAUCACUGCUGAGUGACGGCGAGGUGGCUGCAGGUGCUCAUUAUUCCUGGAAGGCAAAUUGGAUCAGUAGGUAGCUGUGGUGGUGGAAAACAUCACCUCAAUUUAGGUUCCCCCAAGCAGGGAGCCAUUUGGAGGCCUGGGCUUGUCGUGGUCACUCGUGCUGAGGUAUUAAAGAUCUCUGAGACACUUUGGAGUGUGUUACAGCCACGCUCAGGCUUGGCUAGAACUGAGGCAAGGCUCCAGUAAAAGUAACAAAUAUCAGAGUGGAUGAUACUUGAAAGAUACAAUUGCCUCAAAUGUUUAAAUUGUGCCUUAGCUGGUAAAAGAACUUGGAUUUCUGUGCCAGCACAAUUGGGGAUCUUGCUCUUCUCUGCUCUAAAAAACUCCUGUUCAGAGCUGCCUUUUUGAGCUUCUUGACAUUCAGAAUUCCCUUUUGUCACCCACCCCAGAGGGCAGCUCUGGUUUAUUAGUGGGGUGAAUUGUGCCAUUAUCCUUCCUCUCUGCAGCCUUGUUUUCCUUGCAAACCUGAGGAAAACCCCUCAGAGCUGAGCAAACCCUGGCACGGUGUUAGAUCUGUUCUCUGCAAGCACUGCCAGCUUCCCUCGCUGCUGAUUGCACCAGGCUGCAGCUAAAAAGGAUUUGUGGGGUUUGUAGGAGAACAAAAUCCAUCCACAAAAUCCCUAAAUGAAAAUCCCUAAAUGAAAAUCAACCCACAAAAACCUGAAUCAAAAUCCCUGAAUCAAAAUCCAUCACAAAAUCCCCGAACCAAACCCAGGUGGAGACAAGGCCAGGACAGAAGGGCUCAGCAGGUCAGAGCUGGUGUGGAUAAACAUGGGGAUGGUGCAGACUCUUGGUUGUGGAGUGUUUUAGGCCUUGAAAGAGGAUCACAGAUGCCUCAUGGAUGUCCCUCUGCAAUGAGCAGGUGGCUCUGCAGAUGCUGGUUAAUAACUCAAUGACCCAUAUCUUCCAGAUAAUCGUUAUGUACCUUCAGGUAUUAGAAUGUGAACGUAACCAACACCUGGUCCAGACCUCAUGGGUAGCCUCUGAGGGUAAGUGACUAAGACUUCUCCUCUGCUGCCCAUGGUGCAGGGAUAGCUGCCGUCUUCAGUCAACCCAAAGCUCUCCCAAGAGAAGGCUGGCUCUAGACAGCAACCUUACUGAAAUGGGACAAUUUGGAAACCUUAUUUCAUGUGCCACAGAGGAGAUCUGCCUGAACUCUGACUGUUCUUCUGAACUGAUCUUCCCAAACACCCUGAUUUCUCCUAUGGCUGACUUUUUGCAUCAAAAAGAAUUCAGUUCUGGAUGGAAAUGGACCCUGAAACCCCACUGGAAGCUGAGCUGUGCUGAAGAGGAUUUCAUUUCAUGGCAGAACUGCUCCAGGAGCUGCAGCUUUUACCACACACCUGCUCCUGCCCUGUUGCAGGGGGACAUGUGAACCUAAAAUUCUAUUUCUGAGUAUUUCUGAGCACACUGUAUGUUGUCUUGAUGAAAAGAACUUGUUUAUUGCAUGAGAGCAGGCCAGUAGAGAUCCAGCAGCAAAAGUGAAGUUAAAAUUGGUUCUCUUCUCACCACUGAAUUUGCAGCAGUCAGACUUUGUUUCUGUCACACAUCCCUCCCCUUGAGGGAUUUAAUUUUUAGUUAUUCCUUUUAUUUUUCUUGUAGUAAAACCAUUCAGCUUCUCUUUAGAUUUACAGGAGUAGAAUGUUGAAGUCUAGUAACUGAAUGCAGAAAGAAAUAGCCCUUAUAGAAGUAAAACCAAGCCAAAAACCCAAAACAAGAGCCCCAAAGAGCUUUGCAGUGCCUUGCAACCUCCUGCUCUCGUGUUUUUCAGGAACUACAUGAACGACAGCCUGAGAACUGAUGUGUUUGUGAGGUUCCAGCCAGAGAGCAUUGCCUGUGCCUGCAUUUACCUGGCAGCCAGGACACUGGAGAUCCCUCUUCCAAAUCGCCCACAUUGGUUUUUACUGUUUGGAGCAACAGAGGAAGAAAUUCAAGAAAUCUGCUUAAAAAUCUUGCAGCUCUACACAAGGAAAAAGGUGGAUUUAUCUGAUCUGGAAAGUAAAAUAGAAAAGAAGAAAUUGGCCAUCGAAGAGGCAAAAGCACAAGCUAAAGGUCUGGUACCUGAGGGAGUUCCAAGCUUGGAUAACACAUCGGGAUUUUCCCCCAUCCCAAAAAAUGAGUCUCCAAAAGAGGUGAAAGGAAACAAACCCUCACCCCUACCUGUGCAGGCCAUGAAGAAUGCAAAAAGGAAAACAGAGGGAGCCAAGAGAACCAGCUCCAGCAGCCCAGUAAAUGGUGUCCAGAAAGGAAGAGAGAGCAGGAGUCGAAGUGGAAGCAGAGAUCAGAGUUACUCAAGGUCCCCAUCGAGGUCUGCAUCCCCCAAGCACAGGAAGAGCGAGAGCUACUCCACGUCCAGCGGCUCCAAGUCCCAGAGCCGCUCUCGGAGCCGCAGCGAUUCCCCCCCCAGGCAGUUCAACCACAGCUCCGCCUACAAGGGCUCCAAGGGCCGCGGCUACAAGAAAUCCAAGGAGUACAGCAAGUACCAGGGCGGGCACAAGGGGCGCCGCUCCCGCUCCAGGAGCUCCUCCCGCUCCCGCAGCCGCUCCCGAGAGCGCCCCGAGCACGCGGGCAAGUACAAGAAGAAGGGGCAGGGACACUACUACCGCAACCACCGGCACGAGAGAGCGCGCUCCUACGAGAGAGGGCACCGCUACGACAGGGACAGGGACAGGGAGAGGGACAGGGAGCACCCCGGGCACAGCCGGCACCGCCGGUGA